CUGACAGCGUUGCUAUAGUAACUGUAUGACGCCGUCACUUUGUUUUGGGCUGUAGUUAUUCUGCUUGGCAUUUCUUAGCGUUGUUAUUUUGACCAUGAAACAUAAGUAAUCUAUCAGUUCAGGACAUUUUAUAACUUACUAAAUUUAUAUAUAUAUAUAAACAUAUAUAUAUAUAUAUAGAUGAGGGUAUUAUGCUUGUUGGUCUUAUCAAAAAUUAAAAAUACACGAAAACCACAGCAACCUUAAGUAUAAACAUUUUUGAAAGAUAUUGUUUAAAUCAAUGUGUAUGAAAAAUGAUGAUUGAAAUUCUCCUGUCAUGUGGAAUGACUACUGAAUUCAUUUGGAAAAUAUAAUGGUUUCAACAUUUUUAUGUCAAUGUCAUGUUUAAUGGCAAAAGAAGAAGCCUUCUUUUUGAAAGUGGAUGUACUGAUACAAAACAGUCUACCAUUCAGACACUUUUAAAUUUCAGCUUUCAAGAAAGCCAACACCAAUUGGAUAAUGAAUCUGUUAAUGCUGAUAAUGUGAACGGAAUUACUGAUGGUUGGAAAAAAGUCACCUCAAUAUAUGUGCCUGAACCAAAAAAUACAACAAGGCUUAAGAAAAAGUUCAAUGGACAAUCUCGUAGUUUAGGCUGUUUCGGUAAUUACCGUUAUGAUCGUAGAAAAAUGAAACUAUUAUUCACAGAUAAUUUAAAAUUGAUAUACAAUUCAGAGAAUUAUGAAUAUAUUCCUUUGAAUGGAGUUUAUCAGGUUUCAAAAUCUGCCGAAGCAUUUUCUGAUGCACUAAACUGCAAGAGAGGUAAUUUUGGAAAACGCAUUCUGCUUCCUUUGAAUGAGCCAGUUUCCUCACAAAAAGAAGUUAAUUUAGUUGAGGAAAAUAAAUCAUGUUUCAGCUUAUCACCGGAGACUGAAAAUAAUUAUCAGUCAGCAAAAACUAAAAAUGUAUCAUCUUCAGCUUCACUUUCUGAUUUGAGAAUUGGUGUUGAUAAUCCGUUUACUUUGCUGAAAAAAACUUUGAAUAAGAAUCAGCUUCCAAAAAGUAAAAGUGCUGAUAUCAAGGGAAAAAAUACAUAUUCAACAAUUUUUGAAAAAUUUAAAGAAAUGUUCUUUGAUGAAUUAGUUCCGAGAGAACAGCAAAUAAGUAAAAAUAUUUACUACAACUCGGUUAUAUACCCUCAAUUAAAGUAUCCAGAUUUAGGUUCAUCUGUUCAUUUGAAGUCAGUGAUGCAAGAAAGGAAAUGCCAUGAAAGCUCUCAAACUUCUAAAAACAGUGACCACUCUACUGGCUCAAGCACCUCUCAAACAAAUUCUAAUGCUAACUCUUAUGAUAUUACCUCAUCACUCAAAACAAAAGGUCUCCAAACACCAAAGAAAGGAAACAAGGCUGUCGCUGUUAAUGAAACAAGUAAGAAUUUAAUCUACAGACAUAAUAAUUCUAACAUUGUUAUACAGCCAGAUGUGAUUUGUAAACAAUCUGACACUUUGACUGAAGAGGUUUUACCAGAAAUUUUUGGGAAAAGGAUCAAAGCUAACCCCAGCAUACAUCGGUGGUUAUAAAUUCAGUUUAUUGGCAAUAGGUAGUAUGUGUUAGGAAAAUAAAAUUUUAAAGUUUAUCAAAUUUAUAGCAAUUUAUUUCCAUCUUAAAUAUGUCUUUGUAAAAAAUGUUGUUAAUUUUGAUUUUUAAAUUCAUGCAUCAUGUAGGGAUUCAUGAGUUUGUUUAAUGAAUGUCGUUUGAGAUAUAAGGUAAAUAAACCUCCAACUUGAGAUAUUCCUUAAGUAAUUUUGUAGUCUGAUUAGUUUUAGUAAAUGAAAAGAAGAUAUAUAUUUAGAUAUAUUUUAAAAAAUUGUUUAUAUAAAAAGCAAUAUUUCUCCACUGAUUUUUGUUAUAAAUGAAUAUUUAAAUGAAUAUAAUAAUUUUUAAUUAGUUGAUCUUUGCUAAUCAUUCCCAUUUAGAUGGAUGUAGUUGUUUCCAUUUAAAUACCUAUUGAUCAACAUCUGCUGCAAAAAAUGUGGCCAAAGAAGAAAUUCCAGGGUGUUGUAACUCUGGAAAGGAAUGAUUGGGUAAGUGUUUAAUACAGGAGCACAAUAACAAUGUGAGGAAGAAAAAAGGCAAGUGCAUCAGAAGGGAUUGGAUAGCAGUGAUACGCAGCUUACUAGCAGCACCUGUUACUGUAGAUGUAGGAGGAAAGAAA